AUGAGCGAAUCUGAGAGUGACACAGAAGAAGCUGAGAACAAUUCUCCAUUGCAUGUCACAUUCUUCUACGGCUCGCAAACUGGGACAGCUGCAGACUAUGCAACAAGUCUCUUCCAGCUUGCUCGACGCUGCCAUGCGCACGCCACACUCGUCAAUCUGGCAGACCCAGAUGCACUGACUCAACUUGCAGAGGCUGAGUUUGCUGUCUUUUGUAUAGCAACUGCUGGUACAGGCGAGCUGCCUACGAGUAUGCAGUCAUUCUGGCAGGUUCUUAUGCGAAGCUCCCUUGACGAUAGUCAGCUUCUGGAAGACUGCUCUUUUGCCAUCUUGGGUCUAGGCGAUACUAAGUAUCCCUUGUUCAAUUAUGCAGCCAAGAAACUCCGUCGAAGGCUUCUCAAACUCGGCGGAGUGGAGGCCAUGGAUCCUGCGUAUGCUGAUGAAAGCGAUCCGGAGCAUGGUCUCGAUACUGCAUUCGGCCCAUGGAAAGACAAGCUCAAGCAGAUCUUUGUUGAUCAAAGCGCUACAGAGCCACUUGACGAUAUGGUUUUCCUUCCCCCGGUCGUCUCAAUUACUGCUGCAGAAGGAGGUGUACAACAUUAUCAAGCACAGCCGCCAGUGCCUGCGCAUAUAUUGCGUAAUCAUCGCUUUACCCCGCAAGAGCACUGGCAAGAUAUUCGCCAGCUCGACUUUUCUAUGCCAGCCUGCAAUAUACUAUCGGAUGGACCAGCGUCCAUUGAGCCUGGCGAUGUUCUUUGCCUCAUGCCGGUCAAUCAAGAUGCCGACGUAGAUCGAUUCUUGACAUUGCUGGGUUGGACAGAAGCAUCUGAUGUGGCUCUCUCGAUUGAGCCUCAAUUAAGCGGCCUCUAUGCACAUGCAGGCCAUCCCAUCACUCUACGCAAGCUGGCCAAGUAUGUUUUGCCAUUGACUGGCGUCCCAAGACCAUCACUCUUCACAGGCCUCAAACACUUUUGCACAAACGAUGACUUUCGGGAAAAGUUCCAAGAGUGGGAAACGCUAGAAGGCAAGGAUGACUAUUACGACUACAUCAAUCGCUCGCGACGGACAUUACUCGAAGCGCUUGAUGACUUUGCCUUUGGCCUUGAAGUGCCAUGGCAGUAUGCACUGGACCUCUUUGGGACCAUGGCCAUCAGAGAGUACUCUAUUGCAGGGGCAACAAAGCAAGAUGAUGAAACUUGGCGUGUCGAGUGUCUCAUUGCCCUCGUGCAGUAUCAAACCCGCAUUCGACAACCUCGGACGGGCGUUGCAAGUCGAUAUAUUCAAACACUCAAGACUGGUAACGAUGUGUCUGCCUUUGUUCGCAAAAACCCAAUGCCACGACCUAGUGCUGAUGAAGCAGUGCUCUGUAUUGGUCCAGGUACAGGUUUCGCACCGCUUCGAUUCUUGCUACAGCAACAAUGGGCGACACCUCGUCGCACUGCUGUACUCUUUGGCUGUCGAGGUCAAGAAGAUGAUAUGACACGUACUCUAAGCUUGUCUGUAAAGGAAGACUUGCAGCAUCUAUGGGUCGCGCAGUCUCGUGCAGGCGAGAAAACUUAUGUACAAUGGCUCAUGCGAGACGACAAGGGCGUUCGCGAGGCUGUGAGGCAGCUACUUGAAGAUGGUGGGCGUGUGUAUCUCAGUGGAUCGAGUGGCAAGAUGCCAGAGGGCGUCAAAGAGGUCAUCUGCGAGAUCAUGGACGAUGCAGAGGCGGUGACUAAGCUUGUCCGUGCUGGUCGCUGGUGGGAGGAAACUUGGUGA